AUGCCCACCCCCGAAGAGGUCGAGAAAGCGCACAAAGUCCUCUACGAGCAAGGCCUCCAGAUCCGCUAUGAAGUAGCCGGAAAAGCCUACGUUGACCGGGCCCUCGCCAAUGGCUCCUCCGACUUCGCGCGGCCGAUGCAAGAGCUGGUGACUGAAGGAGCCUGGGGUUCAGUAUGGUCGCGACCGGGACUAGAGCGCAAGCAGCGGAGUCUGCUCAACAUCGCCAUGCUGUGUGCCUUGAAUCGAUCGACGGAGCUGGGCGUGCAUGUGAGAGGGGCUGUGAACAAUGGCGCGAGCGAGGUCGAAAUUAGGGAGACGAUAAUACAGGCGGCAUUUUACUGUGGGAUGCCGGCGGGGAUGGAGGGAUUCAAGGUCGCUGAGAGGGUUAUUAAAGAGAUGAAGGAGGAGAAGACGGAGAAGGAAGAUGGGAAGCAAGACAGCUAA